GUGUUGUGGCCCGGCGAUUUCUCGAGGAGAGGGAAGCGGCAGUCGGAGGUGGGACGCGGAUAUGGCGAGAUAGGCGGCCGGUGCGUGUGAGGGCGUUGCGGAGCAGUGCCAAAGGCAGCCGAGGCUUAGGCUGUAAGGGGUUGCCGAGGGGUAGGAGGAGAGUCCGAGGCGCCCGCCUGGUUUGAGGCGGCCUAGAAACCGUCGGAGUGGAGUUGCCAGCUGCCAGGAACUUUCCCCCCUUGAAAAUGGCCUCUCCCUUCACUGGUCCCACAGCAGUUUCUGAUGUAAUUAAAGACCUAGAUACUCAAAUAGCUCUGAUUGGUUUAGGCCCUCACACUCCCAAGAAGAAGCAAGACCUUGACAAACUCUAUGAUCUGAAGGCUAAAGCCCAGCAGAUUAUGAACCAGUUUGGUCCCUCUACUUUGAUCAACUUAUCCAAUUUUUCGUCAAUCAAGCCAGAACCUGCUAGUACUUCCCCACAUAGCUCCAUGGCAAACAAUACCACUGUGGCAAAGAUGCCUGGGACUCCUAGCAGCGGGGGCCGUCUCAGUCCUGAGAGCAGCCAGAUCUUAACCAAGAAGAAACUGCAGGAUCUUGUCCGGGAGGUGGAUCCAAAUGAGCAGCUGGAUGAAGAUGUAGAGGAGAUGCUGCUGCAGAUUGCUGAUGACUUCAUUGAAAGUGUGGUGACAGCUGCCUGCCAGCUUGCACGGCACCGCAAAUCCAACACCCUGGAAGUGAAAGAUGUCCAGUUGCACCUUGAACGCCAGUGGAAUAUGUGGAUCCCAGGUUUUGGUUCCGAAGAAAUUAGGCCAUAUAAAAAAGCCUGCACUACCGAAGCUCAUAAACAGAGGAUGGCAUUGAUCCGCAAAACAACCAAGAAAUAAUGCCUGGGAAAGGCAAGGAGAUAUAAAUGGCUUUUCUGGGACUGGGAAAAAGAAAUCUGUCUCUAUAAACUGUGACAUCUCUGUGUUGUCAUCUGUGGAUGAUUUAUGCUUUACAGAGAGGCAUCUAUUUAAUGGUGCUGCAGUAUCUGACUUGGAGGGGAGAUCUGCCAAAAGCAUUAGCCCUGCCUGCCUCUCCCCCUCCCCGGUCUCUUUCCCCCCAAAGAACACAAUGUAUCUUGAAACAGCAACUUUUUUUCUGACUUCAGCAAUGGUUUAUGGUGUCCGGGAUUGUCCAAGGGACAGAAUAUCUCGGUAUUUUGAGGAACAGUAUUAGAAGCAGCUGUAGAUGUUUUUGUUUCCUUUAACUCUUUGUAAUGUCAGUGUUUGGAUUUGUUUUAUUAGUCAAGAAAUUAUGAACCUAAAACCAGGUCAUGGUACCAGUUAUGAAAAACACACCACUGAGGGCAUCAAGGCUGAAGCAAGCGAUGGGGCCUGUCUUCAAAAAAAAAAAACUCUUCAAAACAAACCUAUUUUGAGGCUCAGCAUCAAGCAAGAAAGACAUUGAUUUGUUUUUUUAUUUUUCAUUGCAGCUGCUUUGCUCUCCAAGGAGCCACUUAGAACAAGACACAGAGCAAAAGUUCUCCUAGGAUGAUUGUUCAGUAUCCAGCACACACAACGUUAACCAGUAGAUUCUGAUUACUGGCUAAGAAACGUUAAGAGGUCAAGGCUGUGUGUGUGCUGUGUGCAUCUACCUUUUAUGGCUUGUUAGUGUCUCCUACAGCAGGAUGAGAAACAGUUUUAAACAGCCCACCAUCCCUCUCCUUCAGUGUUUGAGCUCAAAUCGAAGCACACUCAAGUGUAAAAAUAGGUUUAGUCAGCCACAAUGCCUCCCCAGGGGUAUUUAAUGUGUGAAUUAGAAAUUGGCAUCAGUAUACCAAGCCUGCAGUGCUGUCCCUUUUUAUAACACAACCAGCUGUGAAUGGUCCUGUGUGAGUGAACUCUCCCCACACUUACAUGCUUUUGUUUUAAAAGUCUGGGUCAUGCUUGCAGAAAUAAUCUUGCCAGUCCUUUGCAUCCAAACUUUUCCUAUACUUUUUAAUCAUCCUACAUUUACCUACACAAUCACAUGUGAAGGUCACACAGUUAUCUCUUGCCCUGUGUUUUCCCACUAUGUGCUGAAUGGCAAUUGUUAUGGUGGUGUAUGGAGGUGUAGGCCAAAUAUCCUACCUGCAUUCACCGUUAGGAAGCUCGCAAAACUCUCGUCCUAACCAUAGUGCUAGUCUAAAACUCCAAAUGCGGCCCACAUGAUCUGUUCUAGUUAGCACCAUGACUCUGGUAAUGAAUCAGCAGGGCAAUUAAACGUCCCUCAUCUGGAUGGUGCACUGGGAUUUUUGUGCUUCUGAUUUUCUUAUUUAACAUGGUUUCCCUAAAGGAGAUCUGCUUUAGUGCACUUGUGCAGUAACUCCACCAUGUGGUUAUUUCUGGCAAUGCUUUUGAAGUAAAGACUAUAAACUAGUACAAUCCAGUUGUGUGUGUGUGAAAUAGUUAUUUGGGAGUGGCAUUGUGCACUUAAAUUGAUGUUAAAUUUAAAUGUUUUUGCCCUCUUAAAAGCAAAACUAACUUCCCCUUCAGAAUGAUGUUAAUGCAUUCAAUGUCAUUUAAAUUAUAUUUUUGCCUCAUGAAAACCAUCAAUAUGGCUUGGGCCUU